AUGGAUCCUUCUUCUUCCACAGCCGCCUCCUCAUCUGCCGCCUCGUCAACAAGGCCGUCUCCCAGCAGCUCAGCCGCCGCCAUGGCCCCGGCCCCCAUCCAGACCAAGGUCCCUUCCACCGAGCCCUUCCUGAAGGACUUUACCCUCCUCGCCGAGGCUGCCAAGCGAGCGCAGGUCGCAGUCAUGGUGCGCGACUUUGAGGAUGUCGGUAUCUGA